UCCUCGACCCCCCAUCGCUCGGGCGCACCACGCUCUCGUUAUGCGCCGUGCCGCGGCCCGAGCAGCAGCAACGCACUCCUUCACCUCCAAUCAAUUCAGCGCUCCUCUCUCUCAUCCUCCCCUCCCACACUCGGCCAAUGUGAUAUCCCAUCCUCCAGCUCCGCUACCAGCUUCUCCUCCGAACGAUUCUGGCUGCUUCGACGAGUACCUGAUCCUCCUCCGCUCCUUCGUCAGCCGGAGGGAAGUCGAGUCAGGGAAGCAGCUUCACGCUCGUCUCAUCCUCUCCGGCCUCGGUCACCACACUGUCUUGGCUACCAAACUCGUCAACCUCUAUUCCAUUUGCGACCAUUUGCACUAUGCCCACCGGCUGUUCGAUAGAAUUCCUAAGAGCAAUAUCUUCCUCUGGAAUAUCCUCAUUCGAGCUUACGCUUGGAAUGGGCCGCAUGAAGUCGCCCUAUCACUCUACUACCAGAUGCUGGACUUUGGCCUGGCGCCCGACAAUUUCACGUUCCCCUUCGUGCUCAAGGCUUGCUCCGCCCUCUCCAAUCUCGGCGCUGGGCGGGAUAUCCACGACCUCGUCGUUCGCACGCGGUGGGAAUCCGACGUCUUCGUAGCUGCUGCCCUGAUCGACAUGUACGCCAAGUGUAGCUGCGUCGAUGAUGCGCGAGGAGUUUUUGACAGAGUGCUUGACCGGGAUGUAGUGCUUUGGAACUCCAUGAUCGCCGCCUACGCCCAGAACGGCCAUCCGUCUGAAGCGCUUCAGUUGUGCCAUGACAUGGUAGCUCGUGACUUCAAGCCCACUCUCGCGACCGUCGUAACUGUCAUCUCUGCCGCCGCCAAUGCUGCGGCCCUGCCCAGAGGGAGGGAAAUUCACGGGUUCGGCUGGCGGCGGGGGUUUGACGAUGAAGACAAGGUGAAGACGGCUCUUGUGGACAUGUACGCCAAGAGCGGCUGGGUCAAGGUUGCCCGCGUGCUCUUCGAGCAGCUGGCUGAGAAAACGAUAGUCUCCUGGAACUCCAUGAUCUGCGGAUAUGCUAUGCACGGCCACGCCGAUUAUGCCCUUUCCCUAUUCGACAAAAUGUGUAAACAGAAUCAGGUGCCUCCGGACUACAUCACUUUUGUCGGCGCCCUCUCGGCAUGCAACCAUGGCGGCUUGGUGGAUGAAGGUAGAGCCUUAUUCGACUUAAUGGUGAGAGAUUACUGCAUCCCCGCGAAGGUGCAACACUACACUUGCAUGAUUGAUCUCCUUGGCCAUGCCGGCAGAUUACAUGAAGCGCACAACCUUAUUCAACAGAUGGAAACAGAACCAGACUCUGGAGUCUGGGGUGCUCUGCUGAAUGCUUGCAAGAUCCAUAGAAAUGUGAAACUAGGAGAGCUAGCUUUGCAAAAGCUCAUUGAAUUGGAGCCUGAUGAUGCCGGCAAUUAUGUACUUUUAUCGAACAUUUAUGCUCAAUCUGGGAAGUGGCAGGAAGCUGCUGAGAUAAGGACGCAGAUGGCUAAUAGAGGACUAAAGAAAAGCAUUGGAUGUAGCUGGAUUGAAGUGAAGAACCAAGUUCAUGCAUUCCUUGUUGGAGAUGUAUCACACCCUAGCUCAGAGGAGAUAUAUGCUGAGCUCGUAAGGUUGGAAGGGCUCAUGGCACAAGCUGGAUAUGUGCCAGACACAAUGCCGGUCUUCCAUGACGUCUCUGACGAUGAGAAGAGAGACAUAGUUCGCAGCCACAGCGAGAGGCUAGCCAUUGCCUUUGGGCUAAUCAACACACCUGCAAAGACCAGACUCAUGGUGACUAAGAAUCUCAGGGUGUGUGAGGACUGCCACACUGUCAUCAAAUUCAUCUCAAAGAUUGCUGAUAGAGAAAUAGUUAUCAGAGAUGUCAACCGAUACCAUCAUUUCAAGGAUGGUGAGUGUUCUUGCCGAGAUUAUUGGUAACCAAAACUAUACACAAUAAAAGUUUCUGGUGAUUGGAGACUACUGCAACAUUGCUUGUUAGACAUGCCCUGUUUUUGCACCAGUAAGCUUAUCGUGAUCAAACAUGAGAUAGAUGUUCACUAAACUGGAUCAAAUUCAAACAAA